ACUUGGGGGCCGACCGGGCUGGCCUAGAGGAGCCGGACCCAAGGCAGCCAGCGGGAGGAGGGAGGAGCGCCGGGAGGAAGAGGCCGAGCCGAGGAGCGCCGCCCCGGAGGAAGGGGAGGAGGCCGGGUGUUUCCUGGUGCAUUCCCGACCCGCCCAAGUGACUCAUUGGGGUAGGAAAGCUCCCGGGGCCCGCCCUGGACAACCGAAGGCGGCGCAGACCAGGAUGGCUGCCCAAGUGACACUAGAGGAUGCACUGUCCAAUGUGGACCUCCUGGAGGAGCUGCCUCUGCCUGACCAGCAGCCCUGCAUCGAGCCCCCACCGUCCUCGCUGCUCUAUCAGCCAAAUUUCAACACCAACUUUGAAGACAGAAAUGCAUUUGUCACUGGCAUUGCAAGAUACAUUGAACAAGCAACUGUCCACUCUAGCAUGAAUGAGAUGCUAGAGGAAGGCCAAGAGUAUGCUGUCAUGCUGUACACCUGGAGGAGCUGCUCCCGGGCCAUCCCUCAGGUGAAGUGCAACGAGCAGCCGAAUAGAGUUGAAAUUUAUGAGAAAACCGUGGAAGUCCUUGAACCCGAGGUCACAAAACUGAUGAACUUUAUGUACUUUCAGAGAAAUGCCAUCGAGCGGUUCUGUGGGGAAGUGAGACGCCUGUGUCACGCUGAGAGGAGAAAGGACUUUGUUUCUGAAGCCUACUUGAUCACCCUGGGCAAAUUUAUCAACAUGUUUGCUGUGUUGGAUGAGCUGAAGAACAUGAAGUGCAGUGUGAAGAAUGACCACUCUGCAUAUAAGAGGGCUGCUCAGUUUUUACGUAAAAUGGCAGAUCCACAAUCCAUCCAGGAGUCACAGAAUCUGUCCAUGUUCCUGGCCAACCACAACAAGAUUACACAAUCUCUGCAGCAGCAGCUUGAGGUCAUUUCUGGCUAUGAAGAGCUCCUGGCAGACAUCGUGAAUCUGUGUGUGGAUUACUAUGAGAACAGAAUGUACUUGACACCCAGCGAAAAACACAUGCUUCUCAAAGUCAUGGGAUUUGGUCUGUACCUGAUGGAUGGGAGUGUGAGUAACAUCUACAAACUAGAUGCCAAGAAAAGAAUAAAUUUAUCCAAAAUCGACAAGUAUUUCAAGCAGCUACAGGUGGUUCCACUCUUUGGAGAUAUGCAAAUAGAACUGGCAAGAUACAUCAAGACCAGCGCACACUAUGAGGAGAAUAAGUCCCGGUGGACCUGCACGUCCUCCAGCAGCAGCCCGCAGUACAACAUCUGUGAGCAGAUGAUCCAGAUCCGUGAGGACCAUAUGCGCUUCAUCUCCGAACUGGCACGCUACAGCAAUAGCGAGGUAGUCACAGGGUCUGGCCGGCAGGAAGCCCAGAAGACAGAUGCUGAGUACCGGAAGCUCUUCGAUCUGGCUCUGCAGGGCCUGCAGCUUCUGUCGCAGUGGAGCGCUCACGUGAUGGAAGUGUAUUCCUGGAAACUUGUACAUCCAACAGACAAGUACUCCAACAAGGACUGCCCCGACAACGCUGAGGAGUACGAGCGAGCCACACGCUACAACUACACCACUGAGGAGAAGUUUGCCCUGGUGGAGGUGAUUGCCAUGAUCAAAGGCCUGCAGGUGCUGAUGGGCAGGAUGGAGAGUGUGUUCAAUCACGCCAUCAGGCACACGGUUUACGCUGCGCUUCAGGACUUCUCCCAGGUGACCCUCAGGGAACCACUGCGACAGGCCAUCAAGAAGAAAAAGAACGUCAUCCAGAGUGUCCUACAGGCCAUCAGGAAGACUGUGUGUGACUGGGAGACUGGGCAUGAGCCCUUUAACGACCCAGCUCUGCGGGGAGAGAAGGACCCUAAGAGUGGUUUUGACAUCAAGGUGCCACGCCGUGCUGUGGGACCCUCCAGCACACAGCUUUACAUGGUGAGAACUAUGCUAGAGUCCCUCAUUGCAGACAAAAGUGGUUCCAAGAAAACUUUGAGAAGUAGCCUUGAGGGGCCCACCAUAUUGGACAUAGAAAAAUUUCAUCGAGAAUCAUUCUUCUACACUCACUUGAUAAAUUUCAGUGAAACACUGCAGCAGUGCUGUGACCUUUCCCAGCUGUGGUUCCGAGAGUUCUUCCUGGAGCUGACCAUGGGCAGGAGGAUCCAGUUCCCCAUUGAGAUGUCUAUGCCCUGGAUUCUGACUGACCACAUCCUAGAGACCAAGGAGGCAUCAAUGAUGGAGUACGUCCUCUACUCCUUGGACCUGUACAACGACAGUGCCCACUAUGCGCUCACCAAGUUCAACAAGCAGUUUCUCUAUGAUGAGAUUGAGGCAGAGGUGAAUCUGUGUUUUGACCAAUUUGUUUAUAAACUGGCAGACCAGAUAUUUGCAUAUUACAAGGUUAUGGCAGGAAGUUUGCUUCUUGACAAAAGGUUACGGUCAGAAUGCAAAAAUCAGGGAGCCACGAUCCACCUCCCCCCAUCUAACCGCUAUGAGACGCUGUUGAAGCAAAGGCACGUGCAGCUGCUCGGGAGAUCCAUUGAUCUCAACCGUCUGAUUACACAGCGCGUUUCAGCAGCCAUGUACAAAUCUCUAGAACUGGCAAUUGGACGGUUUGAAAGUGAAGAUUUAACGUCAGUAGUCGAGCUAGAUGGACUCUUAGAAAUCAACCGUAUGACACACAAGCUGUUGAGCAGGUACCUCACACUGGACAGCUUUGAUGCCAUGUUCCGGGAAGCCAACCACAACGUGUCUGCUCCUUAUGGAAGAAUUACCCUCCAUGUCUUCUGGGAGCUAAACUAUGACUUCUUGCCCAACUACUGCUAUAAUGGCUCUACCAACCGGUUUGUUCGGACAGUAUUACCAUUUUCUCAGGAAUUUCAAAGAGACAAACAGCCUAACGCACAGCCCCAGUAUUUGCAUGGAUCCAAGGCUUUGAACCUAGCCUACUCAAGCAUUUAUGGCAGCUACCGGAACUUUGUGGGGCCUCCUCACUUCCAAGUCAUCUGCCGGCUACUUGGUUACCAGGGCAUUGCAGUAGUCAUGGAAGAGUUGCUGAAGGUUGUCAAGAGCCUGCUGCAAGGCACAAUCCUGCAGUACGUGAAAACUCUGAUGGAAGUGAUGCCCAAGAUCUGCCGGCUUCCGCGACAUGAGUAUGGCUCUCCUGGCAUCCUAGAGUUCUUCCACCACCAGCUGAAGGACAUUGUGGAGUAUGCAGAGCUGAAAACCGUAUGCUUCCAGAACCUGCGGGAGGUGGGCAAUGCUGUUCUCUUCUGCCUGCUUAUCGAGCAAAGCCUGUCUUUAGAAGAAGUCUGUGACCUGUUGCAUGCAGCUCCUUUCCAGAAUAUCUUACCUCGAAUCCACGUAAAAGAGGGGGAGAGAGUUGAUGCCAAAAUGAAAAGACUAGAAUCCAAGUACGCCCCACUGCACCUUGUCCCACUGAUUGAAAGGCUGGGAACCCCACAGCAAAUUGCAAUUGCAAGAGAGGGGGACUUGCUGACCAAGGAGCGUCUCUGUUGUGGUCUGUCCAUGUUUGAAGUCAUCCUGACACGGAUCCGGACCUUUCUGGAUGAUCCCAUCUGGCGUGGGCCCCUACCCAGCAAUGGGGUCAUGCACGUGGAUGAGUGUGUGGAGUUUCACAGACUAUGGAGUGCCAUGCAGUUUGUUUACUGCAUUCCUGUAGGGACACACGAGUUUACAGUGGAGCAGUGUUUUGGAGAUGGGCUCCACUGGGCUGGCUGCAUGAUCAUUGUACUUCUUGGACAGCAGCGGCGCUUUGCUGUGUUGGAUUUCUGCUAUCAUCUUCUCAAAGUUCAGAAACAUGACGGCAAAGAUGAGAUCAUCAAAAAUGUGCCAUUGAAGAAGAUGGUGGAGAGGAUUCGCAAGUUCCAGAUUCUCAACGAUGAGAUCAUCACUAUCCUGGACAAGUACUUGAAAUCUGGUGAUGGGGAGAGCACACCUGUGGAACAUGUACGCUGCUUCCAGCCACCCAUCCACCAGUCCCUAGCCAGUAGCUGAGGGCUAAGCUCACAGCAUCCCAGUAACUGAUGGCACGUUUGUCUUUAUGUAAACUAUAUUAAAAUUUUUAGGGGCUAUUUUCCAUUAUGUCUGAACCUACUUUUGAUCUGAAAGCUUAACUUUAUAAAAUGUACUUAUUUUUCUAUACUAAAAUUGUAUAUGCCUUUGGAAUUGGGAAGUCUGAGAAUAUGGUUACCAGUUGUUGCCAUUACGGUAUUAACAAAUAUUUUCAUGCUGAAUAUUCCAGUAGCUAGUUAUAAAAUGCUAAAUUCACUCAUCCUGUACGAGCAUACCAACUAAUUGUAUUAAAAAAAAAUAAAAAAACAAAAAAAGACCUCUACCAGUUUCUUUUAAAUUUAAUGACGAGCUUUGUUUAAGGAUUUUUCUGAUGGCCUUUUAGGAACUCUUUUCUAAGUCACAGUUUCCUUUUAUGCCAAAAUAGUGAAAUUGUUUCCUCUGUUCAACUAAAUCCAACAGUGAGUCUGAUUUGUGAGAUAUGACUUAACAAUUAGAGAAAUAAAAAUUAAUGCAGUCUGUUUGCGUUUGUUCAUUGGCAUAAACAUCCCUGUACAUACCCACAUUUCACAGGACGUGUUCAAUAGGACAAGAUCAUGACAUCUUUCAAACACAACUAGAACUUAACAUUCAGGUCUGGGCAGGGAUGACAUGAAAGCCAGUGAGAUGUAAGACAGCAAUUGUGUUGUCCAUGAAGGACAUGAAAGGAACACCAGAACUGCAAUGGUAUGUGCAUCUACUCUUUAAGGCCAACAGUGUGGGGGAGGGCAGGGGUUUUGACACUGCAAAAAGGGAACUGGGCCUGGCUGGCCCCAACAGCUCUCAGCAUACCUUCUCGAUUGCUGGGGGAAUUAUCUCACUAUAGGACUUGGACAUGUGAAAAACAACAACCCAAUUUUGCUGUACUAUCAGAAGUAUCAAAGUGGAGAGAAAUUAAUUGAAAAUCUGGUACAGUGAUGUGCCACUCACAUCCCAGCUACAUGGGAAGCUGAGGACUGAAGAUCAAUGGAGCCAAGAGUUCAAGGACAGCUUAAGGAACAUAGUAAGAGCCCUGUCUUAAAAAAGAGAAACAUCACUGGGCUGGGAAACCCUGAAGUCCAAAAGCUUUAAGCUUUAUUUUACACAGAAAAUAAAACACAGGUACUAUCCAGCUGUACUGUAAACCUGAGUUACAUUUUAAACAAGCCUAUUUAUCAAAAAGUUACCUAAAAUAUUUUUGUUGAUAUGAAUAGUCGUAAUAGCAUCUGUACCGACCCUAUGAAGUGUAGAUUUUAAAAGUUAACCACUAUAUUACCAAGUGAUAGGCCAAAUAAAAUGCUUGCGUACAAGAUUAUGUACGUAUAAAGUGUCGUAUGUACAACACACAUUCUCAAUGAGGAAACUUUUCACCCCCAAGGGAAUGAACAUUGGCUUUUUUUUUUAUGUGCAAAAUAAGACAUACAGUACAUAAAACAGACAUAAAUUAUAUUUGUGAGGAUAAGGGGGAAGCCUAUUCUCUCUGACAUUUAUAAGUUAUAUAGGAAGGCUGGAACUGUAGCUCAGUUUUAGAACAUUUGUGUAGAAUAUACUGGGUCCUGUGACUGGAACCAAGUAUGGCCCAAAAAGGACUUACAUAGAGGGAGGCAGUCAGAGAAGGCAAGAGUCCUUAAGAGUGCCAAUAAUAAAUAGAACAAAGCUACCCCCACUCCAAAAUAAAUAUUUUUUCCCCCACAAAACCAGUAUACUAAGCUACUAUACAACCAUGGGCAGGAACAGGAAACAGCUUCAGCUCUUCCUGUCAGUGAGGGAUAGGAUGGAGGGGAGUGAUUUUUUUUUAAGCUAGUACAUGACUUUGAAGUGGGCAAGUCUAAAGCCAGAGAAUGUUCCUUACAUUGGCCUAACCUUUUUGUACCUGCUUAUAUUUUUCUAAAUAUUUUCUCACAGUUUCUAAAAAAAAAAAAGCAAACUC